AUGGCCAACAUUGCGGACCUCUCAAUGGAGGCAUACAAGAAGAGAGUUCGAGACGACACUGGACUGGGCCUCAUGCAACCCACCAUUCCCGCCACUGCAACUUUUGAACUCAAGGGGCAUAUACUUACCGCACUAAAGGAGGUUCCUUUCCCCGGAAAGGAUCAUGAAGAUGCUUACAAGCAUCUAGAUGAAGUGAAUGAGAUUGCCGGCUACUUUAACAUCCCAAAUGUGCCAAGAGAAACUGUAUUGUUACGAAUUCUCCCUGUCACUUUUAAGGGAGCCGCAAAAGAUUGGCUGAAGGCAUUACCACCAGGCGCGGUAACAACAUGGGCACGAAUGCAUGAACUAUUUUUGGAACAAUUUUGCCCACCAUCCAAGGUAGCUAAGCUCAAAAAGGCCAUCUCCAACUUUGAACAACAAUUGGGGGAAUCAUUAUAUGAAGCUUGGGAAUGUUAUAAAGGUCUAAUAAGGAAUUGCCCCCAAAAUGACCUAAAUGUGCAGCAAGAGGUCUCGAUCUUUUAUGAUAGGGUGAAUGUCACCACCCACCAACUUCUUGACUCUCAAGGCCCUCUUACUAAGAAAAAUCCGGCGGAAAUUAAGCAACUCAUCGAAGAAUUCUCUAAACACUCUAGAGAAUACCAUAAUCCAUGGAAUGAUGUGACAAGGGGUUCGGAAAAUGCUGCUUCGGAGGAUAUGUUAGCGGUAAUGGCAAUGUUGCAAAGCAUGGAUAGAAGAAUGACUAAAAUGGACCAAACAAUCCAUGUUAUUCGGGUUGGGUGUGAAAACUGCAACGGGCCACAUUUAACCAAGGAAUGUGACCUAGAUGAAAGUGGAAACCGGAAGGUCCAAGCUUGCUACUCAAGUGGGGAUCGUCUAGACGAAGACUGGAGAAAGCCUAAGAAGUGGUUGCCCUAUGAUGAGUAUAAAAAGGCCAAGGAAGAAAAGUAUGAACAAAGAGGGAGGGGCAUUUACCAAAGAGAAGAACCAACGGUUGAGAAGAAAUCUGAUUUUGAGAGUAUGCUCACUCGAUUUGCAGCAGUAUCUGAACAAAGGCAUGAGGUAACGGAAGUAACAAUUAAAGAGAAACAAUUAGCAAUCAAAGAGCAACAACUUAUGAUGAAGGAACAAAAGGAUAUGAUGAAAAACCAGCAAGCACUCUUGAGAAAUCAGCAAGCUUCGAUCCUAAAUAUAGAGAAACAACUUGGGCAACUAGCUACACAAUUCAAUGAAAGAGCACUAGGAGGACUUCUGGGAAAUACCGAACAAAACCCAAGAGGAGCACACAUCCAAGCCAUCACCACUAGAAGUGGGAAAAUUAUCACUCACUUAACCCCUAUUGAAAGAAACGAACCGGAAGCAGAACAGGAAGGAUAA